AUGUCUGGAGAGAUUCCUCAAGAUAGACGGGAGCUAUACGAUUCCGCUAUUUCCUUCUUAAAGGAUCCUAAUGUCGUCUCGGCUCCUUUAACUCAAAAGAUUGAGUUUUUGCAAGGGAAAGGGUUGACGCAAGAUGAGAUUCAGCUUGCUUUGAAAGAUGCCACUGGUGGCUCCAAAGAUGAAUCUAAACCAGUGGUUAAUUCAGACAAUACAGUGUCCAGGGAAUCCAGUAAUAGCCACUUCCAUUACGAAGCGGUGCCACCGGCUAUUCCAAACCGUGAUUGGAAGGAUUAUUUCAUAAUGGCCACGGCCAGUGUUGGUUUAUUCUACGGUGUAUACCAACUUACAAAGAGGUACAUUGUACCACAGUUGCUCCCAGAACCUAAAUCGAAGUUGGAGAAGGACAAGGAAUUGAUUUUGGAGCAAUUCGAUAAAGUCGAAAAGCUAUUAUCACAAAUAGAACAAGAACAUGAAGAGUUUAAGACAAAGGAGGAGAACAAACUAGAAGAGUUAGAUAGGACCAUCAUUCAAUUGCAAUCCACUUUAGAUGACACCACUAAAUUGAAACAACAUAUGGAAAGUGAAUUCAGUUCCAUUAAAACUGAAUUCAACAACAUGCAAAAUUCCAUUGAUUCGUUCACUAAGAAGGCAGGCAAUGAAAAAGAAUUAGAAAAAGUUCAAGAAGAACUUCAGUCUCUCAAGAGUUUGAUCAAAUCCAGUUUCAAUCCAGCCUCUGCCAUGAACAACGGUAACACUGGUGGGAACAGUUUGAUCUCACCGAAUAGCACCGGAAUGAUCCCUGGAGCCGACUCUAUUCCAUCGGCUGCCGAUAUAUUAGCGAACAUGGACCUGCAAAAGAAGUCAGCAUCACCACCAGCUGGUUCGCUAACUAAUGGCACUGAUACUAAAGCCGUACCUGCUUGGAAGAAGGCAAGAGAAGAGAAUGGAUCGAAAUCUGCAACUCCGACUUCCUCAAUACCUGAAUGGCAAAAGACCAUGAACACUGGUAACAGUUACGAAUCCAAUUGA